AUGGUGGUGGAGGCUUUGAAGCGGUUACCACACAUCGCGUUAGGUGUAUUGAUCUUGAAAAAUUCAGUAAUAUUGCAAUCUGGUAAUGGUGGAGAAUUCAGUAUUCAUGUCAUAUCCAAAAGAUGUGUUAGGUGGAAAGAUGUUAAGUUAGUUCAUGGAAAUCCUCCGCACAGUAAAAUACUAGGCUCCGCUGGAAGGGCCAACCAGGAUAUAAUGGUAACUGCAUGGAUGAAAGAUAACGAUACAAAGAAAUGGUCAGAAGGUUUACAUAUUGUUCAAUUUUCCAAGAAUACUACAUACCACGAAAAAAUAUGCCAAAAUCCUUAUGAAGUCAUGUUCGGCAUAAAAGCGAAAAGAGGCAAAGUAUCAUCUUUUUUGCUUAAAGAACAAAUCACAAAUAUGAAAACUGAAGAGCAACUUGAAAAAAUUGCCAAUACUUUCAAACCGAAGAACGGCUUGAAUAAACUGAUAAUCUGA